AUGGUUGUCCAAACUCGACGCAAGCGAAAGCACGUAUCAUACUACGAAUCCGAUUCUGACGAUGAUACUGCAGCCAUGGAAGAACCCGAUCACGCCAUGGAAGUCAUCCAAGCCAAAUGGCGCGGCAAAGCUGGAAGCAAGAAAGCGAAACAUCCAACCAAGGCUCCAUUCGAAAUGGUUCCUGACGAACUCUUGCCACAAAUACUUUCUUACUUGGACAAUGUGCGACAACUUUACCACUUGAGCAACAUGAACAAGUCGCUUCGAUACGCCAUUUCUUCCGAGCUGGUCAUUCGGGCUGCUGUAUUUUCUGGAAAUCCAUAUACAGGUACUCUGGAUGGAUUGAUGUGUGAACUCUCCAACCGAAAAAUUCGAGUUCCUUCCACCCUUCGCAUGCUCCGCCUCCUCAACGCGAAAGCGUGUGAACGUGGCAAGCAAUGCUUUUGCUACAACCUCGAAAAAGAAGAAAGUGGCCCCUUGCCACAUGUCACCAGGUCAUUUGGACUGGCAAUCUGCCAUCCAUGCAUACAGGCACUUUCCUCUUGUUGGGGAACUGACUGUCCUUAUCCGCUCCAAAGCACCAAACUCUGUACCCAUGGCUGGUCUCGAGUCCUUUGCUAUCCUCAAGUCGAGCAAGCUACGGGAGAUGCCGUCGGUCCAAUCAUCCUCUUUCGUGACAUUAAGCAAAUUCAAUACUCGUAUUCCGACAACACAAAACGAGAGGCAGUUUUGGCAUCGACCAUUCAAUCAGCAACUGCUCAAGCUAUUGGCCCAGACGAUGAAAAAAGACUCCAGCAAUUCUGCGACUCUCACAAGGAAGCAAAGAGUCAAUAUCAGGACUAUCUUGAGGCGAAGAAGAGAAUGAAAAGGGAAAUGGAAGAGGCAAUUUUCGCCAAACGAGCUGCGCGAAAGCUGGAACUUGCGAGACCUGUAUUUCAAAAACUCCAAUCGCAUUUUUCUGGGUUCCAAUUCGAAUCUAUCGUGUUGAAUCGCGAUUGGGUUGUCAGUACUGGAGCCUGCGAAUUCGACUACUGGCCCUCCAAUUUCGCAUUUCGACCUCUUGUGACAGCACCAAGUACAGCCACACAAAGAAAGAUUACCGCCGCAGCUGCUACUGCCAAGGAUAUUUACACUCAACUUGAACAAUACGGUUUUCUUGGGGACAGUUUUCCUCGUCGAUUGCACCAAUGGCUUAAUACACAGGAAAACAUUCCACUUCACAAGCAAGCCUUGGUUCGGUAUUUCGCUGAGCACAAGACCUCAGAGCUCAUGAUUCGCUCAGGACGACGACUAUACGAGGACCAAGCCGUAAGACUUGCAUUGGCUGCCGGCGAUCGCGCAAAAAUGGUUCUCGAAAGACUUUCAGCACAGGAUUGUCGCGAAGCAUUCGCCCAUGCAGUUGAAAGGGCAAACACAGUACCAAGGUCCUCAAGAAGUUCACGGCAAAAGAGAUUCCAGCUUGCCAAACACAUCUGGACACGGAAUAAUACCGGAGGGUAUACCGGAAGAGAUUUCUUGCGCGGCUUCUCUGAAGUGGAGAGAUUUGGAGAGCAGUUUGAUGAGUGCAAAAUUGAGUACUCAAUUUUGCUUCGAAAGAUCCUUCGAUACAAAAAGCACCCUGAUACAAGAGCAUGGAUUGAAGAUUUCCGCUCAUCAGGCAAUUUCAGCGAAGCUCUCCUGCCCAGAGAUGCCAUUGAUACCCUCUACGAAGGCGACUUUGGUCCUUCCAGAUCUAGUGGGACCUUUGAGGAAUGGCGGCGAUACCAAACCAGUCUCGUCCGAACCGCUUACCUCAAAAGCCUAUAUUGA